UGACACUGGAACGAUGGAGCAUCCCGUAUUAAUUUGUAUGUAGUGAGGUCACCGAACGGUUCUAACCGGGGAGUUUUCUUGACAGUAACCGCCAAAAACGAUCGGCAGUCUGUAAUGCUGUUCUGCGUUUUUUCGCAUGAAAAAAAUCAACGCGUGCCAUCCUGUUUGGCUUUGUUGGCAACGAAUCGCCUGCGGAUUCUAUCGGUCGCCGAUUGAUAAAACGACGCAAGGGAGCCGGCAAAGGGGGCGCCUUUCUGAGGCUCCCGCCGCUUGAGUUUCUGGCGAUUUGGGGCGCCCAGAAGGGCGACCGAAAAAAGCGCGCCCAAAAUCAGAACAGCGAAACCGCAUGGCACGGCCGCGAUUUCGGAGCAUUUUGGGCGGCCGCGAAAGCGGGCGCCUUUUCGCCGGUUUCUAAUCGGGGGAAGCUUUGCAAAAAGCGCCGGCGCGAAAAAUGAAAACGCAAAAAAGAAAAAGCGCGCCGGACGCGCGAAGCAAAUCCGCAUGCUACGGGCCCGAUUUUUCUUCUGUUUUUGGGCGCCCCCCGUGGCGCCCGGAUCGGGCCCAUAGCAUCGGGGCUGGCCUUCGGACAGAAAUUUUGGGAAUUUGCCAAAAAUGCGUCACGUUUUUCAACCGGCCGCCAUGCCGUGCGGCAUAAUCAAUCUUACCCACGACGGAAAAACAAGCGCAGAAAAAACAAAGCCGCGGCCAAAGCGACGGCCGGCAAGAAAACGACCGCGACCUCACUACCUCCGCCCCGGCGGCUAUAUUUGGCACCUUGUCAUUCAUUCCAGGGCGUUCGUCCACCUUCGUUUGCCAAGAUUCAAAGUUGAAAUUGCGAAAAUUGAAGUGAAAAUGGCAUCUCUCGUCGAAGAUGGUGCAGCAAGCGAUAGUCGGACCGGUCCUCCGGGCGGCCAAGGCGAGGAAAACGAGGUGGAAAUUUUGGAGGCCGACUUCUACAAGAAAGCGUCGUCGUCCGCGUCAAGCAGUGCGGGCAACAAGAGCCGCUGGCAGCGUCGCCGGUUUCGGCUGAGCAGUGACGUCAUGACGUAUUGGGAUCAUGCCGGUCGCAGUGGCUCGUCUUGUGCCCAUUCAACGACCGAACAGCGAUUGAAGCAGGAGAAGGUCUUUUACUUGCACAAGAUCACGUUGGUACGGGAGCGCGUAUCGACGACCCAUCAUGGUAGUACCACAACUAUCAGCUCGACGAGUGCAUC